AUGGAUAAUAUAAUUGAAAUGGUAGCUUCAAAUGCAAAUGCAAUCAAACGUGAAACAAUGGAAGAAGAUGUUGAAUAUUUGCCGAAAAAAAGAGGAAGAAAAACAAAAUUGAUGCCAGAUGCAAGUAUUGAUGAGGUCAGUUUUUUUUGUUUUUUUUUUUGUGUCUUUUAACAAAAAAUUUCGAUUAAUGUCAAAAAAUGUUUUUUAAUUAAGUUUUCCGAGUUGAAUUCCCAAAUUUUUUCAGUAUUCCAUUUCCGAUAUCGAAAAAUUCAUCGAACUCGUCGAGGAACGCCCAUAUCUUUGGGAUUCUGUCAAUGAAUUGAGCUUGAAAAACAUUGAUAUAACUCGUGCGUGGUCAGAAGUUGAGCAAAUUUGUGGACAAUUUGUGAAACAAGCGAGAAUUUCGGGAAAAAAUGCACAAUUUUUAUGGUCGAAAUUGCGACGAGAAUUCAAAAAAGAACACGAUAUACAAAAAGGAGAAAUGAAUUUUCCGAUUGGUUUCAAGUUUUAUAAACAUAUGUUGUUUUUGGUGGAUAAUUCGAGAAAAAAUGAAAUGAUUUUUAUGCGAGCACCGUCGGAAGUUGUUGAAUUACCUAUGUCGAGUCGGAAAAUUGGUAAAAUUUUUGAGAAGGUUUUCUGGGGUGAUUAAGAAAAAAAUAUUUAAAAAAUAAAAACUUAUUUAUAUUUCAGUUUUUCUUGAAAAAAAUUCGUGGGUAGAAUAUGACGUCAUAAAAAUAUUUCUGAAAUUGUCGGUUCUCAGAUAAAUUUUUUUUAAAUUUUGGUUCUCAUCCCGAAUCACUUCAUCCAGCCAAAUUCCAAAAAUUUCCAGAAACCCUCGAAGAACUCGUCGAAAUCGCUCGAGAUUCCAACAAUCAUCUCCGAAAAAUCGCAGCCUGCCAAGAAAAAGAAGAUAAUUCUCGAAAAAACGAAGAUCUUCACGAAUUGUUGGAUGAAGUUUUGGAGAAACUUCCAAUGAUUGAUCGAAAUUUGAUGAAGUCUCGAAUUACACAAUUCGUUAUUUCGAGUUAUCAAGAAUAUCAAGCGGAACAUCGAGGAAAUCAAUUGGUAACUACUUUGUUAAAAAAUGAACUUUGA